AUGGCUAAAUCGAAGAGCAAGGAGAGCAAGAAGGUUGGUACUUCGUCUGCUGUCAAAAAUGUCGCCGCCAGCAAGCCUUCUCAGUCCUCCAAGGCAAAGUCCAAGGACGUCUCCAAAGCCGCUGCCAAGAAGGUAGUCAAGGAGAAGGAUGUUCCCAAGAAGAAGAAGAAGGUUGUCGAGCCUGAGCCCUCUUCAGAUGAAUCCGACUCUGAGAGCGAGAGCCAGAGCGAGAGCGAGUCGGAGUCUGAAUCUGAAGCUGAGAAGAAAGCCGACAAGAAGAUUGAGAAGAAGGCUGCUGCCAAGGGGAAAGCCAAAAAGGUUGAAUCUGAAUCCGAAUCCGAAUCAGGCUCCGACUCCGACAGCGAGUCCGAGGAAGAUACCAAAAAGUCUGCCAAAAAUGGCAAGGCCAAGAAGGCUGCUGCUGCGUCUGAAUCCGACUCUGACUCCGAUAGCGAGUCUGGGGAAGAGACCAAGAAGGCUGCUGCGUCAGAAUCCGACUCCGACUCCGACUCCGACCCUGAUUCUGACAGCGAGUCGGACGAGGAAACUACCAAGCCCAAGGUGAAUGGCAAGGUCAAGGCCGAGGAAGAAUCUUCGGACUCCUCAGAUUCACCUGACUCUGACGAGAAGGUGGGCGUCAAGAAAGCCGCUGCUGAGACUUCUGAUUCAGAUGAUUCCGACGAAGACUCGGAUGGCAGCGACGAUGAGUCUGAGAAGCCUGAGGCCAAACUUGAAGACGCCACUGCUUCCAAGAAGCGCAAAGCUGGCGAUGACACUGACUCCCCCUCCAAAAAAGCCAAGACGGAAUCUGAAGGAGCCAGCACCUUGUUCGCCGGCAACCUGAGCUGGAACAUCGAUGACAAUGCUUUGUACGAGGCCUUUAAGGAUUUCGAGGGCUUGACCAAUGCCCGUGUUGUCACUGAUAAGAUGGGCGGCCGCAGCCGCGGGUUUGGUUACGUUGACUUUGACAGUCCGGCUGCCGCCACCAAGGCUUACGAGGCCAUGAAGGGCUUCGAGCUUGACAACCGCGCUCUCAAUCUGGAUUACGCCAAUGCGCGCGCCGCCGAGUCUAACCCCCAUGAACGCGCUGCCGACCGUGCCAAGAAGCAUGGCGAUGCCAUCAGCCCUCCGAGCGACACUCUUUUCGUUGGCAAUCUGCCUUUUAACGUUGAGCAGGAUGCCGUCCACCAGUUCUUCAGCGAGUAUGCCGAGAUCUCCAGUGUUCGUUUGCCGACGGAUCCUGAAACCGGCAAUUUCAAGGGCUUUGGCUACGUCAGCUUCAAUUCCAUCGACGACGCCAAGUCAGUGUUGGAGAAGACCAACGGCGUCCCAUUCGGUGAAGGUAGAGGAGCUCGCUCGCUGCGUCUCGACUUCGCUAGUACUCGUCCUCAGGGCGGCAGCGGCGGGGGCUUUGGCGGACGCGGUGGACGUGGUGGACGCGGAGGCGGCCGCGGAGGUGGCCGUGGCCGAGGCGGUGAUCGCGGCCGUGGAGGUCGUGGCGGAUUCGGAACUGGUGCCAACCGAACUACUUCGAGUUUCUCUGGCUCCAAGAUGACCUUUGACUAA